UUUAAAUUUUUAUCAAGAAAUUACGUCACAUCUAAUGGAGAAAACACUGAAUAGCUUGAAUCCUAUGCAAUCAUACUUGACUCCUUCAGAGGAUUACACGAGAGAAACAUCUACGUUUACCUUUGACUUUGAGAAGGUAGCAACUGAGAUCAGGAAGCUAAGACCAGAACUAUUUUACAAAGUUCAAAGCAUUGUCGAAAAAGUAUACCAAGGAAGAGGACCAGGUCAUCACAUGAUGGAGAAGGACACUCUGAGAUUAGAGAGCAAUAAGCUCGCUAUUAACACAAUAAAUGCCUUAUACGAAGAGGAAGGAAUAAAUGAGCAAUGGAUCAUCGAUAAUUUAGAUGAAUUCACAAGGUGUUUGAUGGGUACAGGUUGUAUUAACGCUUCAACGUCAACUAAAUAUAGUGUCCAUUACUUCCUUUAUACCAAAAGUUUGAAAAAUUUGGGUACUGAGAGACACAAAGAAUAUCUGUACAGGGCAGCAAACUUGACCGAUCUCGGAGCAUUCGGAAUGACUGAACUUGGACAUGGAUCCAAUGUUCAAUCAGUGGAGACAACUGCUCAUUACGACCAUGAUACUAGAUCCUUUAUUUUAAAUUCUCCGACUGAUACAUCAAUCAAGUUUUGGCUCGGAAACCUGGCAAAGACUUGCUCAAUGCUUGUGACAUUCGCUCAGCUUUUUCUUAACGGAGAGUGAAAGGGAGUUCAUGUCUUUCUCGUCCCAGUUAGAGAUAAGGAAACUCAUGAAUCCUUUGAAGGCUGCUUAAUCGGAGAUUGUGGAGAUAAACUUGGACUACAAGGAGUUGACAACGGGUGGAUCAAAUUUGCAGAUUACAGAAUACAUAAAGAUAUGCUUCUUAAUAAAUUUUGUGAUAUCAAUGAAGAAGGAGAGUAUGUUUCUGCCAUUCCUAAAGAUAACAAACGAUUUGCUUAUCAUAUGGCAGCUCUUAGUGGAGGAAGAGUUCUUGCUGCUAGUAAUGGUGCUGAUAUUAGCCUUAUAUCAACAAUAACGGCUCUUCGUUUUGCUGCUUGAAGGAGACAAUUUUCUCGAGAAAAAGGAAAAGAGGAAACUCAUAUUCUUGACUACCCUCUUCAUCAAUCAAGAAUUAUGCCUCUAUUCGCAAAAUCCUUUACUGAAAUGGUGUCUAUCCAAGGAAUCUGGGAUGAUUAUUCGAAAAUGUCAGAUCAACUUCUUGAUCCUUCUAAUAAAGCUGGAGAGUAUUUCCACUUAGUCUCAAGUGCUUUAAAGGCGGUUGUGACGUGGAACUCAUACGAAACAUGGAAAGAAUCUAGGCUAUCUUGCGGAGGAUUUGGAUUUUCAUUUUUGAAUCAUUUUUCAGAACUUGGGAAUACAGCUGAUGUCAACCAGACUUGGGAAGGAGAAAAUUUUGUUCUGAUUCAACAAUCUUGCAAGAUCUUAUUGAAGAACUUUGCUAAUAUGAUUAGAGGAAAAAAGACAAUGAAGACAUGUGAGUUCCUUACUCCAGACUCUCCUGAUGAUUACAUUUUCGAAGGUUCCUUCCUUAAUCUGAAGGACUUAUUCAAAUUGUAUACUCAUCAUGCUAAUAAGUGUGUGCAUGAGUCGAUAGCAAAGAUCCAAGCUGACUCUAUGAAAGAGGCUGAAGAAAGACUAUCAAGGACUGAAAUAUGGGAGAAGCAUCUCUUCUACACCUUUAUUCCGAUGGUAAAAAUUUAUUUGAGCAGGUACACAAUGGAGGCCUACCUUCACUUCCUCAAGAAAUUUAAAAAUUCUCCGAAGUCGAAGGAGGUUAUGACCAAAGUAGGCCUUCUUGGAUACCUAAGCGAGAUUAUCAAGUUUGAAGGAAUAUUUAGAGAGUCCAUUAGCAAGGAGCAGAUAGAUGAAAUAAAGGAACAUUGUAUCACUCUUUGCAAACAGUUACGCCCAGAGAUUAUCGGCCUCACUCUUGCUGUUCCUUUGAGUGACAAAGUCUUUGGAUCUAUUGGAAAAUCUUCCAUGAAGCCUUACUACGAGUUCAUGAAGUCUGUGAAGGAGACACCUGGUUGCUUUGAUAAACCAAAAGAAUGGAAAUAUUUAUACAAAAGUAAGAUUUAA